AUGUGUUAUGUGUGUCUUUCAGAAUAUGCAGAGUUCCUGCACUGUAAGGGGAAGAAAUUCACAGACUUUGACGAGGUCCGUCAGGAGAUCGAGGCUGAAACGGACCGGGUCACUGGACACAACAAAGGCAUCAGUCCAGUUCCCAUUAACCUGAGAGUCUACUCACCAAAUGUGCUGAACCUGACCCUGGUGGAUCUGCCCGGAAUGACCAAGGUCCCAGUGGGAGACCAGCUGGCCGACAUCGAACACCAAAUCAAAGACAUGCUAAUGCAGUUCAUCACCAAGGACAACUGUCUCCUGUUGGCCGUGUCCCCGGCCAACUCCGACCUCGCCAACUCAGACGCUCUGAAGGUCGCCAAGGAGGUCGACCCACAAGGUCUCAGGACCAUUGGCGUCAUCACCAAACUGGACCUGAUGGAUGAAGGAACUGAUGCCAGAGACAUCCUGGAGAACAAACUGCUGCCGUUACGCAGAGGUUACAUUGGAGUCGUAAAUCGCAGUCAGAAGGACAUUGAUGGGAAGAAAGAUAUCUCUGCAGCCCUGCAGGCUGAGAGGAAGUUCUUCCUGUCACAUCCAGCAUACCGGCACCUGGCUGACCGCAUGGGCACUGCCCACCUGCAAAAGGCCCUCAACCAGCAACUGACCAAUCACAUCCGGGACACGUUGCCAGGGUUACGCAGCAAGUUACAGUGCCAACUACUGUCCAUUGAAAAGGAAGUAGAAGAGUACAAGAACUUCAGACCAGAUGACCCAAGUCGCAAAACCAAGGCUCUGCUGCAGAUGGUGCAGCAGUUCGCUGUGGACUUCGAAAAGCGAAUCGAAGGAUCCGGAGACCAGGUUGAUACCUACGAGCUCUCUGGAGGAGCCAAGAUCAACCGCAUCUUCCACGAACGCUUCCCCUUUGAGAUGGUCAAGCUGGAGAGUGACGAGAAGACGCUUCGAAAGGAAAUCAGCUAUGCAAUCAAGAACAUCCACGGGAUCAGGACGGGUCUGUUCACUCCUGAUAUGGCCUUCGAGACGAUUGUCAAGCGACUCAUCACUCAGCUAAAAGAACCAUGUCAGAAAUGUGUGGACUUAGUGAUGGCUGAGCUCGUCAACACCGUGAGGCAGUGCACGCAGAAGUUGGCUCAGUAUCCGAUGCUGCGAGAGGAGAUGGAGCGAAUCGUCACUCAGCACAUCAGAGACCGAGAAAGUCACACCAAAGGCCAGGUGAUGUUGCUGAUUGACAUUGAGUUGUCCUACAUGAACACAAACCAUGAAGAUUUUAUUGGAUUUGCAAACGCUCAGCAGAAGAGCAGUCAGACCAACAAGAAGGCUGCAGGAAACCAGGAUGAGAUCAUGGUGAUCCGUAAAGGCUGGUUAACCAUCAACAACAUCGGCAUCAUGAAGGGCGGAGCUAAAGAAUACUGGUUUGUCCUCACCGCCGAAACGCUGUCCUGGUACAAAGACGAUGAG